CUGGCAGGCACGCAGCCACCCGCACUCUCCACCCCCAGCAGGCGGGGACACAUGAGCGCGCCGGUAACCUCCUCCGCCCUCUCCCGAGCCUGCGAUGCUGCCAGUGCUCCCCACGUUGUCUGGUAGUCCGCGUCCCAGGGACCGUAAGCAUCGGCUGCUGCUGCCUGCGCUGUACAGUGCGGGUCCUCCGCAGUCGCACUCCGGUCCCCGGCAGCACCGGGCUCUCUCCCAUUGAGGCUGCGUUACUACCCUCCUUCCCGUCAUGCAGUGAUCAGCAGUUUGGGACGCGCUGCAUUGCUUGGUGCUGUUGAAGAUGAUUAGACCUUACAAGAAGGUGGCCAAAGAUUCAGGAGGGUCUGACAAAGGUGGCGGAGAGGAGCAGAGGAAGCUGCCAGAGGAGGAGGACACAGCGGUCCUGCGUGGUGCAGGCCACUGCAAAUGGUUCAAUGCACUGAUGGGAUUUGGUUUCAUCUCUAUGACCAGCCGAGAGGGAAGGCCCCUGGAGAGCCCGGUAGAUGUUUUCGUACACCAAAGGAAACUUUAUAUGGAUGGUUUUAGAAGUCUGAAAGAAGGAGAACCAGUAGAGUUUACCUUUAAGAAAUCUUCCAAAGGCCUUGAGUCAUUACGGGUAACGGGCCCAGGUGGGAAUCCCUGCAUGGGAAGUGAAAGAAGACCCAAGGGAAAAAUAGUUCCAAAAAGAAAACCAAAAGGAGAUAGGUGCCAUAAUUGUGGUGGCCUUGAUCAUCAUGCUAAAGAAUGCAAUCUUCCUCCUCAGCCCAAAAAGUGCCAUUACUGUCAAAGCAUAAUGCAUAUGGUAGCUCACUGCCCCCACAAAACGGUUCCACAGCAUCCUGCAGCCUCUCAUGGAAGAUAUGAAACAGAACAGCAACCUUCCACUUCUGUUUUUCAGCGAGAAGGAGGAGGGGCUUUUGGCUUUUCAUCUCCAUCAUAUUCUCAGGAGGGAAGAUCAGAGCUCUCUGGAUAUUCAAGCAGGUCACCGCAAGAAGCCUCCAUAAGUAAGAUAUCUGCAUCGCCUGAAGAACAAAGAAGAAAGGGGCCUUCUGUUCAAAAAAGAAAUAAAACUUAGCUUUGUCUCCCUAAACUUGCCUUCUCUGGGAAGUUCUACCUCAUACAAGUACAGGGGAAGUCAUUUCAUUAUUCGCAAGUGACCUGGAAUUUUAUAACUACUGUUGAGGAACUGUGAAUUAAGAAAAAUAAUCUACAAAUGGACAAAUCUCUCCAAGCAAACUGAAGAUGCAGGGUGUUUUUGUUUUUUACCUCACAUGUAUGUGUGUAUGUAUGUGUAUAUAAUGUCUUUUGUGCACACACCUUUAAUUUCAAACAAUGAGUAUAUAUGGACAAGUGUGUAUAUGUAGUAAUCGCAUUCUAAGCAUGCAUCACAGAGAAUGAAGCAAUAUUAAUUUGUUAUUUUUACAUAUAAUGUUUUUCCUUUGAAACACUCCAGCUAUUUAUUUUAUUUUACCCUGCAAUCAUAUUUUUAUUGUGUGUUAAAUGUGUUUUUUGUAGAAGAAAAGUGACAUCCAUAGUAUUAAAUGUCCCAGAAUGAAUGACUGUAAGGAUGGUUGUGACUUUUAUUUUAUUUUUUUUAUAACUAAUUUUUUUUACCUCUUCAUGUAUUGGCAAGUGUGACCACCAGAGCAAUACUGUUGGCCAAAAAAAGCUUUAGGCGCCAUUUUUCUGGUCUUUUCUCUGAUCUAACAGUGCUGUGCUUAAUGUUAUGUGUGAUAUUGUGUGUAUGAUGAAGAUAAAUAAUGCUGAUAAUGAUAUUAUUUAGGUUCCGUGUGUUGAUCGUGGGUGUUCAGACAACAGUAAGACACAGAUUAAUACUUCACUUCCUGCUAACUGAUUAUAAUCCUAAAUUACACAAAAUCCCUGGUAUUGUGAAAGUGAAAUAUAUUGUGCUUUUGUAUACUUAAUUUAAACCAUUGACUCUAUGGUCAUACCAUAAGCAUAUCAUCUUUAAGCCCUCAGACUCUCAAAUGAAAAUGGUACAAAUAAUAUUGUCUCAGGCUUUGGCUUUAAUGUGCACAUCUGAAUAACAUCCCUUUCGGGUGCACCAUCUAUACCACCGUAUUGCAUACACUGUACCAAGCCAUGUAUUGUUUUAUAAAAGCCAUACCGGAUACAAAAUAGCCAUGCAAAUUUGGAUCACUACAAAUUUACAUAAUACAGAAAUAUAUAUAAUAUUGCGCACAUGUAUGAAGGAUAAUAAAGUCUUGUGACUUUGAGUUGGCCUAGCAAGGAACCCAUUUCGGUGAUAUUUAGUGGCAGUGAUAGACUGCUAGCCACUAAGCUUGUGCAUUUGUGUUUUUCUGAUGGGUUCGCAAUGCUAGCCUAGUUGAACGGAAUCUAGCAUAUUUUGUUGUAGUCUUUAAUAUUCUAUGUAGAACUUUGCAUACAAGUAAUUUACGAUUUUAGUAACCAAAUUAUACUUUGGCAGAGCAAAUUUGAACCCCAUUUCAAAACCUACAAAUUAGCAUAGUAAACGGUCGUCUGUGUACUGCUGUUAGUGCCUGGUUCCUAACAUUAAUAACCCCAAAUUAAUGUGAAGCAUAUGAUAAACAAUAUGGAAGUAAUGCUUUUCAGCAAUUGUAAAACUUAGAAGAGCAGUUAAUAUUAAGCUGUAGUUAUGUGCUGACUUGCAUAGAUGCUGUUGUUGAAAUAGAAGCAAUUGCUACCUGUUAUGUAUAAGGGUUUUUGUCUUCGUUGUCUGGACUUAAAGCUUGUUUGGCUCAUCUUGGCAAAUUUGUGCGUUGGAAUUAGACCAUACACUGGUGCACACUGUUUACUCUAUGAACUGCAAGAGAAUCCUAAAUUUAAUGAAAAAUGGAAAAGU